AUGGCCCCGCUCUUGGCGCCCGGCCGGGACCGUGCGGCCCGGGAGGAUGAGGACGGCUGCGAGGCGCGGGGGGACCGCAAGGCCCGGAAACCCCUAGUGGAGAAGAGGAGGCGCGCGCGGAUCAACGAGAGCUUGCAGGAGCUGCGGCUGCUGCUUGCGGGCGCCGAGGUGCAGGCCAAGCUGGAGAACGCCGAGGUGCUGGAGCUCACGGUGCGGCGCGUGCAGGGCGCGCUGCGGGGCCGGGCGCGCGAACGCGAGCAGCUGCAGGCGGAAGCAAGCGAGCGCUUCGCCGCCGGCUACAUCCAGUGCAUGCACGAGGUGCACACGUUCGUGUCUACGUGCCAGGCAAUCGACGCCACCGUCGCCGCCGAGCUCCUGAACCACCUGCUAGAGUCCAUGCCGCUGCGCGAGGGCAGCAGCUUCCGGGAUCUGCUGGGGGACGCCCUGUCCGGGCCACCGGGAGCCCAUGGGCGGAGCAACUGGCCAGUAGGAGGCGCCCUGGGGUCCCCACUGCCCAGCCCCCGGGGCUCCGGGGACGACCAGUCCUCCGACCUGGAGGAGGUCCCCGAGGCUGAACUGAGCCGGGCGCCUGCCGAGGGGCCGGACUUGGUGCCCGCAGCCCUGGGCAGCCUGACCGCCGCCCGCAUAGCCCAGAGUGUCUGGAGACCUUGGUGACCAGCGGCAGCCUGGGGCCUAAGGGGUGGGCCCUGCCUUCCCAUGCUCUAGUUCCUCCUCCCUGUGGU